UAACACACCAAACAAGGUACAAUGAGCGAGCGUUGAGUUUUACAUUUCGCCUGAUCCCUUUGCCAGUGAUGCCCAAAUCUGUGGAGUAGCACAAUGGCCGUGGAAGCUGUUCACUGCAACCUGAGCCAGAAUGGCAUCGACCACCAGAUGUGCCAGGAGGAUGUGACGUCACAGCUGGAGGAGGAGGACGAGUCCGUGGACGCGGGGGCUGUCCUGCUGGAUGACGACAGCACAAGCUACCAGGACGUCAGCCCUCCUAGGUAUCAGCGGCGCUCCCCGCCUCACCGGUCGGUCUCUGAGUCAGAGCUGACCCGGACGGGAUAUGUGAAGCUGUCCAAACCAGUGGCCCUGUGGACCCAGCAGGAUGUGUGCAAAUGGCUGAAGAAACACUGUCCCAAUCAGCACCAGAUCUACAGCGACUCAUUCAGGCAGCAUGACAUCACAGGGCGGGCUCUGAUGAGACUGACGGACAGAAAGCUGGAAAGAAUGGGUAUCAUGCAGGAAGCGCAGAGGCAGCACAUCCUGCAGCAGGUCCUGCAGCUUCGUGUCCGGGAGGAAGUCCGGACUCUUCAGCUUCUCACACAAGCCUCUCUGGAGUGCACUCCGUCUUCACCAUAGAUUGAUGGAGAAGGACUUCCCAGUCACAAAAAGGACGCUGACACACAUCGCCUUGUCGACAUCCACCUAGACUUCUUCCUGGACCUAUCGCAACUCUUCAUCUCGCACCUUUAGUCUCCGUCCUCUAUUUCUCCACAGACUGACUGAUCUGGAUAGAAACCCUGCUUUUCUCCCAGCCACUCCUUUGAAACCGCACAAGUUCUGACUCGCUGUUUCCUCACAGUUCAAACAAUUGCUCGUAGAGUCUGGCCAGUAGUUUCCAUUAUAGGCGCCCCAUCCCCAGUCAUUUCUGACCUUUGCAGCCAAACCUUCACCAGACCUCUCAAGCUAUGAGGGAAGUCACUCCCUCUCCUUCAAGAUAAACACAUAAGCCCCCCAAAACUCCUCUCUAGCCUUGCAGGGUCUCCUAAAAGCAUUUUAAAACAGAGUAAAUUUCUGCUUUGUGGUUGGACAGUAAUAUUAUUGUCUGUGCUUUUAAGGAUCUUAUCCCAGUACGCCCCCC